AUGUGCUUUCUAAUAACUGACGAAAGUAAAGAACAUAUGAAAAGAAAAUGGAACAGAUUAACUUCUUCGAAAUGGACAAAAUUAUUCGCCAUAAUACUUUGGAUUCAAUUUGUUCUAGUGAUGAUUUUUCAAUUAAGGAUAUUAAAACGAAAUGAUGAAUUAUAUAAUAAUAGUCGAUUUAAACAUUUAUAUGAAUGUGAUAAGGAGGCGAGAAAUCAAGAUCCUCGUUCGAGUGAUUAUUUAUUCGUUUUCUCGCUUAUACAAAGUUCGAUAUUUAUGAUAUUACAAUUCUAUCUGAUUUAUUUCGGAGUAAAUGCGAUAUUUCAUGAACACAUAAUUCAAAUCAUUACACUUGCCGGUUUAAAUGUUGGAAGUGCGAUUUACACCGUGGUUCAAUUGCUCGAAGUUAAGUUUCGAGUGGACAGAAUACAAAAACAAAAAAAAUGUGAAAUAACGCAGGAAUUAAUAAAUAAUGAUAACAGUUUAACGAAAGGUUUCAGCAUGGAUUUAUUCAAAGUGGAUUUGCCGCAAAUAGUAGUAUUGUCAAUCUUUUCGAUAAUAACUAUAUUCAUAACAUAUAGAUUGUAUCUACAAUUUGGUUGGAGUAUUUAUAAGAAAAUUGGUGGUGACUUUAAAAUUCAGACAAGCGUAUUUUUGGUAAUCGCUAUGGUAACGUUGAUCUAUGCGGUUAUAGUAGUAACGAAUUUUGAUAGAGGACUUCAAGAAAUCAUUGAAAAUUAUAAGAAUAGGAUGAAACAAAGACCAACUAAUAUUAAUGGUCCGACAAUGAAUGUAACUACUUUAAAUAUUCCGUCAGCACAAUCGAUACAUACACUUUCGUCCUCGACGUCUCAUCCAUUCCCCGUUACAUCUCUGUCAAAUGAUAAGAUUAGUUAUGUUAGUGAUGAAAGUAAAGGCGAAUCACGUUGGACUAUUGACGAUUAA